AUGCGGAAUCCAGCAAUCAUCCUAUCCAGACAUGCACUACACGGCUACCAUGAAUUAACUUUUUCGAAUCACGUUCACACAGCUUCUGUGAAUCUGAAGCCAUUAACAAAAGGACAAUCAAAGAAAGGAGAGGAGGGAGGAAAGACAGAGGCUAAGGUCACUGGAUAUGUGUCUCCUGGGAAAGCACGUUACUUUACUUUGCCAAAAGAGAUACUUUUCAAAACACAAAAUAUAUCCAUAGAGGUAAAGCCAAAGUAUGGAUCAGUAUAUUUGUACCUCUCACGGACCAACCAAUCCCCAGGACCUGAUGACUAUGACUUCAAGGUCGAAGUUUCUGAUGCUGAUGCAUCAAUUUCCAGGAAGAAGAGAAGCACCAUUAUCCAAGGAAACUCGAGGACUCUACAAUUCUACAACCUUUGUAAAGGAUAUAAUGAAACAAAUUGUCCUCCUUUGUAUUUUGCUGUUGUUGGGAAAAAUUCUUCAMAGUCUUGUUCAGACCUUGAUUGUUCCCUCCCGUCUCAGAUAAAAUUCGAAUUAAAAACAGUACAAAUUAUUCCCAAAAAAGAAAACCUGUGCUACUUCGAGUUAGAAGCGACUAAGAUGUACAAAGCAAAGGACGUCUCUGUAACGGUUUCUGCAUUAAAUGACACAAUAUCUUACUACAUCUCUCGUGUGCCUGAAAAUCCAAAUUCGUUCAACAACAGUUACAAAAUCAAACAAAUAGGUGAGAAAACAUGAACACAUUAUCAGAAUGUGACGUUGGGACGUAUUCCUUGCCCUAAUUUCUGCGCCCRUUCUCCCCAAAUGUAGGGCGAUCUUUCCCUAACUGUAAAAUUUU